GUAAGUACAUUCGAAUUAUAUUAAUAAGUAUAAAGGUGACUUAUAAUAUUGGUAUUAUAUUUUCUAUUUACUGUUUAUUCAGUUUACUCUGACAGACAAAGUCUCUGGUCGUCUCAAAGUAAUUUAUUGAGUGGAAUAACAUCAUUGGAUAUUGAACAGGUAAAACGAUGGCAUACACCGAUAAACAAAAGGAACGAUCAAAGGUAACAACAGAUUAUGAACUAAUUGAAGUUGAAGAUGGACAUUUAACAACAAAAGAGCAUGCUGAAACUGAUAUCAUUUAUAGUAGCGAUGGCUUUAGCUUGUUUGGUGAAGUGGAAGCUACGAAAGAAGAUUUAUUGGAUUCGAAAACUUCUAUUCUAUUUUCACCGAUGUGGAAACAGAGCUUAGCAGCGUCAGUGCCGAUCUUGUUAAAUAUUGCCUUGGGUUUGACGUCUGGAUUCUCGGCGACCUUGUUACCACAAUUGGAGAAAGAAGCUGGACCCAUUCCAGCAGACGAAGAAACAGCGUCUUGGAUAGCUUCAAUCGCAGCACUCCCAAUGGUUCCCGGCUGCCUAAUAUCCGGAUGGUUGUUUGAAAGAUUCGGAAGAAGAAGAGCUCAAUUUAUAGUAUCUGCUUUGUUUCUGAUCGGCUGGAUCCUUACGGCAACAGCUUACAACCUGACAUUUAUCCUAAGCGGAAGAUUGUUCACUGGGCUUUGCUCAGGAUUAAUAGCUCCCUUGGGACCGGUAUAUGUCGGAGAAACUUCGGAACCAAAGUAUAGAGGCUUUUUUCUUGCUGCGAUUUCGUUAGGCAUGGCCUUUGGUAUCAUAUUUGCACAUGUAGUCGGCACAUUCACAUCAUGGCAAUGGACAGCGGUCAUAUGCGCUGUGUUUCCAAUAUUAAGUAUAGUCUUACUAGUUUUCAUACCAGAAAGUCCCACCUGGUUAAUAUCAAGAGGUCGCAUUGAGGAGGGUGUCAAGGUUUAUAACUGGUUAAGAGGGAAUAAUGACGAAGCCAAAGCUGAACUAAAAGCUAUAAUUGAUCGUAAAUUGGCAGCUCAUGCUUCCCCAGUACAGACUUGGAGAAAUAAACUCCUCUUUCUUAAAAGCCCAGAACUAAUAAAGCCUUUAAUGAUUAUGAACUUAUUUUUUGCUACAUGUCAGUUCACGGGAACAAAUGCUGUCACGUUUUAUUCUAUAGAUAUUUUGGGAAAGGCUGUAUGUAAAGGUAUAGAUCAGUAUUUAGCGAUGUUAAUAAUCGAUUUGCUGAGGUUGAUAGCUUCACUAGCAGCCUGUGUAAUCUGUAAGAAGUAUGGUCGAAGAAAUGUAUUCUUCCUAAGCAGUGGUUUAACUAUAAUAUCUUUAAUAGGCUUAGCCUUGUUCUUGUAUCUGAAGCCAGAAAACAUGUCUUGGAUACCACUAUUUUGUUUAAUGUUUUACAUUUGUGCAAUAACGAUUGGCGUGGAUCCAAUACCGUGGAUUAUGUGUGGUGAGAUCUUUCCGGAAAAUGUUCGUGGAAUGGGAUCCGGGAUCAGUACGGGCGUGGCCUUUGCGAGUUUAUUUGUAGUGGUCAAAACAGAACCAGGAAUGAUGAAGAAUUUAGGCGAAGCAUUCACUUUUAUGAUUUACGCGACUGUAACAUUAUUUGGGGUCGUCAUAUUAUAUUUCACUUUGCCAGAAACGAAAGGAAAAAGCUUACAUGAGAUCGAAGAUAAACUCAAAAGUCAAAACUGUAACAAUAGCCGAAGAUCUGUUGUAAUUGCUUAAUAAUGGCGUUAAUGUUUACCCUUCUAUUGUUAUGCGGAGCAAUAUGUAUUAGACCUUGAUAGGUAACCCAUUUGUAGGAAGAUCAGUUCCUAUGGUAUUAUGAAUGUUUUGUCCUUUAUGCGCGAAAAAUAAAUCAUUAUACCAGCUAUCGUCCCCAUAUAAGACAGGAGCUGAAAGGACAUUUUUUAUUAUUUCUGUAAAGUAAAUGAUUAAACGAAUUUUCAGCUCAUCUAAUGUUUGGUGAAAUGAUUUUAGGUUACAUAAGUUACUCAUGACUUCCUAAAUUGUAUUAUAUAGAAGAUAACUAAAUGCUACUUGUUAAUAAGCUGUAAAUAAGUAAACUGUUUUCUUUCAUUUAUUGCUCUUGAAAAAGUAUAGGGAAACAAUUAAUAUUUAUAUUAACCAUGCACAUUUUUAUAACGAACUUGUGUGCUUUGGUAAUUUUGUAAUUUUUAUAGUGUAGAUGGUUGGAAAAGUUUACGGCCGACCUGUUGAUAAGUAGUAAUUGGAGUUCAUAGUAGUAGGGUCUCAUUUUUUUUAAUUUUCCGGAAUGCGAAUCGUAGGAUAUUUUGGAUAAUGUAUAUUGCAAAGUGGUGUGUACUCGACAUUAUUUGAUUGGAAAAUACAUUCCGUUUUUACUUCGGAGUCAUUCUGUAACCGCAAAUAUUAAUACCACAAACAGUAAAGGACUUUCAGAGAUUAUGAAGACGAACAUAGCGAUAUUGGAGAUAAGGGUGGUUAAAGAUGAGGACUAAUGCAAGAGUUCACUCUAGAAUAAUCAGUUGUGGUCGGAAAAUUCUGUGGAAGCUCCUUACUAGUUA